UGCAGCACCUGCCAUGUCUACGGAGGGGCAGAGAGUUGAUGACAGUCCAAGCACUAGUGGAGGCAGCUCUGAUGGAGAUCAGCGCGAAGGUGUUCAGCAGGAACAAGAAAGGGAGCAAGUUCAACCCAAGAAAAAAGAGGGCAAAAUAUCAAGCAAAACAGCUGCUAAACUGUCAACUAGUGCUAAAAGGAUUCAGAAAGAACUUGCAGAAAUUACAUUAGACCCUCCUCCAAACUGUAGUGCUGGACCCAAAGGAGACAACAUUUAUGAAUGGAGGUCAACUAUACUGGGGCCUCCAGGGUCAGUAUAUGAAGGUGGAGUUUUCUUCCUUGACAUUACCUUUUCACCGGACUAUCCUUUUAAACCACCUAAGGUAACGUUCCGGACAAGGAUCUAUCACUGUAACAUUAACAGCCAAGGCGUCAUCUGCCUGGACAUUUUAAAAGACAACUGGAGUCCAGCAUUAACCAUUUCUAAAGUUCUCCUCUCCAUCUGCUCCCUCCUCACAGACUGCAACCCGGCUGACCCCCUGGUUGGAAGCAUUGCCACUCAGUAUAUGACUAACAGAGCAGAGCAUGACAGAAUGGCCAGACAGUGGACCAAGCGAUACGCCACAUAGGAACCUCCUCUAGGAUUUGCUGGACCUGUGCAAGCACAUUCACUAAGUGCUUCAAUAGCCCUUCCCUUCAUUCUUAUUUUUUAUUAAAUUUUGAACCAUUUCUUUUUUGUUUUAUUUUUAUUUGUUUGGGGUUUUUUUUGUUGUUGUUCUGUUAACUUGAAAGCUGUUUCCCUCAAAUGUAGACAGGGAAUUUUGGUUAUCAGUGCAAAGAAUGUUGGAUCUGUAAUAGUAUAGAGCUUUGUCACGAAGCUUUGUAUUAAUGUGUGGUUUUUUUUCUUUCAUGUGUUUUUUGGGAAAACAAACAAAUUCAGAAUUAUAUCUCGUUUCUACUUAAAUGUAGUGUUUAGGGUUAUUUUUUUGUACUGAAGUCUUUAACGGUGGGUGCAUGCUACUGGGAACAAGUUUUGUAUAAAAGCUUAAAAUCAAGAAUCACUGUGCAUUACUAAGACUGUGUUUAUCACUAGCCUUCUGUUUCCCACACAAAAGGCUAUUGCAUUGAACAAAUUAAUAUGUAUUUUGAUUUACUUAAAAGAAAAGUGCUUGUAAAUUUCUUAGGGACCUGCCACUUUUGACUGUGGAUCAGUUGAUGUACACUUGUAUUAUUAAAGCACUCAAUAAAACACUGUGGCUGAUAAAUGCACUUUUUGCAA